AUGGACGUGGUCUGUGCGUGGCUGCGAAAUGACCUUCGAGUUCAUGACAAUCCGGUUUUGCACGAGGCAGGCUACGAAGGCGAGCAGGCUGCGAGCCUUGCAGCCCGCAAGAAGGCUCCAGUGCUGCCGGUGUAUGUCUUUGACCCGCGAUAUUUCCAGCGCACCCGCUACAAGACCCUGCGGACCGGCAGCCUGAGGGCCCUUUUCCUGCUCCAGACGGUGCGUGCGUUGAAGCGGCGCCUGCGCAAAGAGGGCUCCGACUUGUUGGUGAAGGUGGGCAAGCCCGAGGAGAUCUUCCCACGGCUUCUGAGCCCCAGCGCCAUGCUGCUCACGCAGCAAGAGGUGACCUCCGCAGAGCUCACCAUCGAUUCCCGGGUACGCUUGGCGCUGGGCGAUCAGACGUGGAAAUACUGCUGGGGCUCGACGCUCUUUCACAAGGAUGACAUUGGCUUUGCCGAUGGCUUCGAUGGCAUGCCGGAGUAUUUUGCCAGAUUCCUGCACAAGCUGCAGAAGGUUUGGCCCGACUCCACUGAGGAGUGGGAGGAUUACGGCAACAUCCAAAACGUGGAUUCGGACAUUGGCCGCGUGGCGCGGCUGGUGCGGCCCACGUUGCCGGCUUUGGCUGCUGGCGCACUGCCGCUGCCGGAGCAAGUUGGUUUUGAGUGCGAGCCCUGCUGGGAGGACCUCCCAUUUUCGGAGGAGGUGACUGAACCAGUUGCCGACGAGGAGUUUCAGGGUGGCGAGCAGCAGGGGCUGAAGCGCUUACGGGACUACUUGCGGACGGACUUCCUGUGCUCAGAGCUGGACACGGAGAGGCAGCUGAUCUUUGGGGACUACUUGGCCUCGAAGCUCGGCGCCUGGAUGUCCUUGGGCGCGCUGUCGCCUCGCCAGGUCUUUUGGGAGGUCUGCCGCUUCCUGGCGGAGUCGGAUGCUUCGGAUGCCUUGGACGCCUCGAGCUUUCCGCAGGCGCAGCGGCUGGUCACGGAGCUCACGUGGCGGGACUUCUUCCGGUUCCUGGCGGGCAAGCACGGCACUGCAAUCUUCCGGCGCGGCGGCCUCAAGAACAAGAGGAAGCAGUGGAUGCAGGAUGAGCGGAUCUUCCAUCUCUGGUCCAAUGGUCGGACAGGCUAUCCCUUGGUGGACGCCUGCAUGCGUGAGCUGUCCAUCACAGGCUACAUGUCCAACCACGCGCGGCUCAACGCAGCGUCGUUCCUGGCCUUGAGUAUGAGCUUCGACUGGAGGCGCGGCGCGGAUUGGUUCGAGAGCCACCUCAUCGAUUACGACGUGACGUCCAACUGGGGCAACUGGGUUCGCUGCGCCGGGCUCACAGACAGUGGCCUGAGCUCCUUCAAUGUGGUCCGCCAGAGUCAGAAGUUCGACCCCCUGGGAACCUAUCUGCGGCGCUGGGUGCCUGAGCUGCAAGACGUGCCCUCCGACCUGAUCCACGAGCCGUGGUUGAUGACGAGUGAGGAGUUGGAACUGCAUGGAGCCGCCAGCUACCCGCCCCCGUGCAUCGACCCCAGCUUCUUCGAGGGGAAAUUCGGGCCACGGCAUGGGUGGGCGCUCAUCCCGCAAGAGCUGUACAAAGGGGAGAAGCGGCCGCGAAAAAGCCCGCGGGCUUGCAGCGCCAUGGCGCUGCUGAAGGAUGAUCCCAGGACGGAGCAGGUGCAGGAGCACUUCACGCUCCGGAAGCUGCAAGAGAGGGUAUGGCGUUUGGAGUCCGAGAACAAGGAGUUGAAGGUGAGCAACUCCAUCCUGCAGACGCAGUACACCUCUCAGACUGAAACGCAGGCAGACAUCCUCAGGACACUCCACUCGAACCUGGAGGAUAACUAUGCCACCAUCGAGAGGUUGGAGAAGCGGAUUUUGGAGCUUGAGCAGCUGAUGGACGACCAGAAGCAGCAGGCGAAAGAUGAUUUGGAUGCCGCGAUGGCAUUGAAGGACAACGACAUCGCCAAGCUGAAGACCCAAAAGGAAGAGCUGGAAGGAAAGCUUCACGAGGUCCGGGAGUUUCAGCGAAACAAGGAGAACAUGGAGAAGGAGCUGUCAGCGCUGAAGACGCAGUUGGCGGAGAAGCAGGAGGAGUUCCAACAGAAGAUGAGCGACUUCGAUCGCAAGAAGGCGAUGGACAUGGACAACCUCCGCAAGGACAUGGUGGACAAGGUGAAGGAGGCCAAAGAGAUGCUGCGGGCGAAGACCAAGGAUCAGCUGGACUCCACAACCAAGCGCACCAUCAUGGAGAAUGAGCAGAUGUUCACGGAGCUCCACUUCCAGAGCAAAGAGACGGAGAAGCUCAUGGAUAGGAACCAGUCCCUGCUCGAAGAGAACGCGCAGCUGCGACGUAAUCUUCUGAUCCACAAGGACCUGGAAAACGAGCUGGCGAGAAGGACGCACUUGUACCAGCGGCUGCUGAAAAAGAUGGAUCAGAAGUUGAAAGCUGAAGCCGUUCAGGAGUCCAGUCGGGAGCUGAACCCCGGCAAGUCUAUGGAGUCCGCCAUGCCGGAGGAGAGCUUCUCGUUGGGCGGCUCCAGGGACGUCUCAGGCAAUCAUCCAAGUACCAACAUCUCCUUCGAGGACUAUACUCGGCUGCAAAGACAGAUGGAGGACCAUCAGAGCACGCUGCAGAUGGUCCGGCACGAGUUCGCACAAUAUCGGCGCGACCAUGCCACCCUGGCGCAACUGCAGGACCAAAGCACCCGCCUCAUCAUUUCUGCGCUCUAUGAGCUGAAGCAGCAGAAGGAUCAGGCGCCCUUUCCACCCACGUCGUAUGAUCCCGACGCGGAGUGGCAGUUCACCAACAUGACCCAAAAGCAGAAGGAGUACUUUUUCCGAGUCCUGUUGGAGAAGCUGAACAGCAGCAUGUGUGCCAUGUGCUUUCCUGUUGGCCCGCAAGCCUCAGCGAGCCUGCCAGCCAUCGGGAAGGAGAAAGAGGGCGCACGCUUCUCGCAGUUCCUUUGGUCCGUCGCAGACACCGGCUCAGUGCAAGGUUCGCGGCAAGAGACGUCUACGAAGGGGUGUCAGACAGAGACAACAACCUCGGAUCCGUGUCUCAAGGAGGGGAUUUGGAAUCCGAAGGGCAAGACGUCACACCUGAACUCCGCCGGUAUGAUCACUGCUGGAAUCGUCACGGGCAAUGUGCGGAACUGGGGCCCCAAGGCGGUGACGCACAAGCACCGCGGGCUCUGAUUCGCGGACGGGAAAAAGCCAC